AGACCGUUUCCGAGCUGGCUGUCGCGCCCUGCACGUCCCGCUGACCGCGUGCCUGUUCCUGAGAAAUGUCUGGCGACGGGACAGAAGCCACCGUCAGCAGCAGCCCGGUGACAGCGGAAGAACCGGUACAGCAGGUGAGGGGGGGGGCGGGGCCUGCUGGUAGCACGUGGAGGUCAACAGACCUCUUUCUGCGGGUGAGGGUCCCUCACCCGCACCCCCGACACGUGUCUCACGGGUGGGGGCAGGGGCAGAACCGGAAACCCCAGAGGCUUGGGGGAGAGCAGGGCUCCGCCCGAAUCGCCCCUCAUCCUGGGUUUGCCUGUUCCUGGCAUUCCGGAGUCGCCUGUCCCCGUAGCCGAGCGUGGUACAUGGUGUCGGCGGCCUACGCCUCCACCAAGGAGAGCCACCCCCACGUCAAGACCGUCUGCGACGCGGCCGAGAAAGGCGCAAAGACCCUCACGGCGGCCGCCAUCAGCGGGGCCCAGCCCAUCCUCUCCAAGCUGGAGCCCCAGAUCACGUCAGCCAGUGAGUACGCCCACAGGGGGCUGGACAAGCUGGAGGAGAAUCUGCCCAUCCUGCAGCAGCAGACGGAGAAGGUUCUGGCAGACACCAAGGAGCUGGUCUCGUCCAAGGUCUCGGGGGCCCGAGAAGCCGUGUCCAACACCGUGUCCAGCGCCAAGGACACAGUGGCCACCCGAGUGACGGAGGCGGUCGAUGUGACCCGGGGCGCUGUGCGGACUGGUGUGGAUGCCACCAAGUCUGUGGUGGCCAGUGGCGUCCAGUCGGUCAUGGGCUCCCGGGUGGGCCAGGUGGUGCUGAGCGGGGUGGACACGAUGCUGGGCAAGUCCGAGGAAUGGAUGGACAACCACCUGCCCAUGACGGACGCUGAGCUGGCCCGCCUCGCCACGUCCCUGGAGGGCUUCGACAUCGCGUCGGUGCAGCAGCAGCGGCAGGAGCAGAGCUACUUCGUGCGUCUGGGCUCCCUCUCGGAGCGGCUGCGCCAGCGGGCCUACGCUCACUCUCUGGGCAAACUGCAGCUGACCCGGCAGCGGGCCCAGGAGGCCCUGCUGCAGCUGGCACAGGCGCUCAGCCUGAUGGAAACCAUCAAGCACGGAGUCGAUCAGAAGCUGCUGGACGGUCAGGAGAAACUGCACCAGAUGUGGCUCAGCUGGAACCAGAAGGAGCUCCGGGGCACCGAGGAGAACCCAGCCAAACCAGAGGUGGAGUCCCAGACGCUUACCAUGUUCCGCGACAUUGCCCAGCAGCUGCAGAACACCUGCGCCUCGCUGGGGUCCAGCAUCCAGGGGCUGCCCUCCCACGUGAAGGACCAGGUUCAGCAGGCUCGCCACCAGGUGGAGGACCUCCAGGCCACCUUUUCUGGCGUCCAUUCCUUCCAGGACCUGUCCAGCACUAUCCUGACGCAGAGCCGAGAGCAGGUGGCCAAGGCCCGAGAGGCCCUUGACCACAUGGUUGAGUACGUGGCCCAGAACACGCCCAUCAUGUGGCUGGUGGGACCCUUUGCCCCGGGAGUCGCUGAAAAGGCCCCAGAGGAGAAGAAAUAGGACAGUCAGAAGGGGGCUCGAGGGACCUAGUCUUUCCCUGAGGGGUCAGCACCAGCGCUGGACCCUUCGCCCCCUCGCCUCGCUUGGAACGUGUUUCUUCCCUUCCCCCCGGCCCAUCUCAGCUACCACCUCGGGGAGCGCCCUCUGCCGCCUCGGAGGAAGCACUGCCUGCCUUCAUCAGUCAUUAGGGGGAGGUUUCCAGAAACAGAUUUUUUUUCUAGGAGGCCCCCAGGCCCCCUCCAAAUUUUUUCUUCUUAGAAACAAAGGCUAGGUUUCUUACAUCCCACCUGUGCCACAUCAAGGCCCCGGGAUAUCCGCCUUUAGCUAACGGACUUGGACUUCUGGCUUGCAACGUGGCCCUUCUGGGGUGUGGGGUGGAGGCAGAACCGCUGAGACCCAUUCCGGAGCAGACGGGGCGGGGCGGGGGGCCCUGGGGCCUGCCCGGCCGCUCGUGGGUGCCUGGAGUGUCACCGUUGCCUUAAUAAAUCUCACCUGCCGCUGAGUACAGGCUGUGUGCGCACGCGCAUGCGUUCCCAGGAGCUGAGCGACGCGGGGUCCGCGGGUGGCCGCCUCGGCCCGCUUCCCUGCUCUGCUCGCGAGGAUGGGAACAGGACAGGGCCAGAUCCGGAGUGGGGCUCAGGGCUCUCGUCCAGCCCCUGGGACAGGAGAAGAGCAGGGAGGGAGGAUCCUUCACCUCCCCCACCGCCGCCAGGCCGCGCGCUGCGGUGUGGGACGCUUAGGAGACCGAGCCACCCAGGCGCCACUAAAACCUGUCACUUUUUUUAGAGUAGACCUGAACCCUUCUCAUCACGAGAAAGAAAUCGUAGCUCCGGCAGACAUUAACUUCUCGUGCUCGUUUUGCAAUAUACACACGUACCAAAUCCCUACGUUCUACCCCUAAAACGGAUACUGUGCUCUAUGUCGAUUGUAUCUCAAUUUUUCAAGAAGGUUAAACACGUUUGGGGGCAAAGAACAUGCAAGUACAAAUUCAAAAUUAGACACAACGGGGGCGCCUGGGUGGCUCAGUCGGUUGAGCGUCCGACUUUGGCUCAGGUCAUGAUCUCUUGAUUCGUGAGUUCAAGCCCCGCAUCGGGCUCUGUGCCGACAGCUCAGAGCCUGGAGCCUGUUUCGGAUUCUGUGUCUCCCUCUCUCUCUGCCUUUCCCCCGCUCAUGCUCUGUCUCUCUCACUCUCAAACAUGAAUAAAUGUUAAAAAAAAAAAAAAAAUUUUUUUUAAAUUAGAUACAACAGAAACCCUGCCUCUCAAACUUAAUAAUGAAUACUUCCUACACGCAGUCCCCGUACAAAGUGACUAUAGCGAAAGCACAAGCCCUCACCAUCCAAAGAGCCGGGUGUUUGCUUGUGUGCUGGCCCGGCCCAUGAGCUAAGGACAGUUUACAUUUUUCUUUAAUUACCUAAGCAAGCUCUACCCCCAACAUGGGGUUCCAACCCGUGACCCCAAGAACACCCCAGCGCCUUACCCCCUGAGCCAGCCAGGCACCCCAGCAUAGUUUACAUUUUUAAAGCAAACAAAAAUAAGCAACAGAGACCCUCUGUGGCCCGCAAAGCCUAAAAUAUUCACUCUCUGACCCUUUACAGGGGAAGCUUGCCAGGCGCGAGCUUGAGACCUUCCUGUUAACGUCUGACUGCUUAGAAGCGUUUCUCCCAGUACUUAAGAGCUGCGAUGUGUUUUGCUGCAGUAACUUUACACAUCACUGAGUCCCGCUUAGGAGACUAGGCCUAAGGGUGUCGGCACAUCUCCAGCAGAGGGUGAUGAUAGCAGGUUUGGGGGGGCGGGGAAGCGAAUGAUCGGUGCUGGAGCGACGGGUCCAACGUCCGUCCUCAAGCAAGACACAGGCGUGAGGAGAGGGACUUAGGGUCUCCAGCCCCACUAGAGAACUAAAAUGACCCUGUAUGCAAAGGCAGGACAACGUCACCUUCUCCUGGGGGCUCUGGCCUAUGGACAAAGGUUUACAAACCCUUAAGAAAGCCUGGGUGGCUCAGUCGGCUGAGUGUCCAAUUUUUUGUUCUGGGUCAGGUCCCGAAUGCAGGGUCAUGGGAUCAACCGACAUCGGGCUCCGUGCUGAGCCUGCAGCCUGCUUAAGAUUCUCUCCCUCUCGCUCCCCAUCUCCGUCUUCUUCCCCCUCCCCUCUUAUGCUCUCUAAAAAAACCCCAAAAAAGAUUAAAGUCAUUUGUGGGGUGCGUGGGUGGCCCCGUUGGUUGAGCACCCGACUCUCGACUUUGGCUCGGGUCAUGAUCUCACCACUCAUGAGUUGGAACCCCACGUCAGGCUCUGCCCUGGUGGUGUGGAGCCUGCUUGGAGUUCUCUCGGUCUCUCUCGUUCUCCCUCUGUCGCUGCCCCUCCCCAGCUCGUGCUCUUUCUCAAAAAAUAAACAUAAAAAGUCAUUUCUAAAAAUAAAAAGCGGGGCGCCUGGGUGGCUCAGUCGGUUGAACGUCCGACUUCAGCUCAGGUCACGAUCUCACAGUUCGUGAGUUCGAGCCCCGUGUUGGGCUCCGUGCUGACAGCUCAGAGCCUGGAGCCCGUUUCAGAUUCUGUGUCUCCCUCUCUCUCUGCCCCUCCCCUGUUCAUGCUCUGUCUCUCUCUGUCUCGAAAAUAAAAUAAAACGUUAAAAAAAAUAAAAAAU